UAGGCAGUCUGGAUAGCUCCAGAGCAUCAGAAGCAACCGAGCCAUCUGUAUAGCAAGCCAGCGCAGUCAUGAAGUUCCUACUCCUCUGCACUCUCAUCCUGGGUCUCGCCAUCUUAAUGGCUUCUGCUUUGCCCCACACCAACGACAACGAGGCCCCGAUGAAUGAGCAUGACCAACACCAUCACCAGGUGGUCCGCAGCAUCCACUACGCCGACGAUGAGCAGGCUCCGCCCAAGCAGGACGAUGUCGCCUGCUGCGGCUAAUCUAAAUUAGCUGACAAAGGCGUGACGACAAUUCCGACAAUCGAUAUUUAAACGCCUUCAAAUUUAAAUAAAGAGCAAUAUUGAAAAAUGUA